UCCAUGAACAGGAAGGGUAUGGGCGACUUUCUGCAAAUUUUCUCUAUUUGGUAGAUAACAGGCGUUACCUCUACAAUUUGAAAAUAAAUGUUUCAUUUCAUUAGAAAAAAUAGUUAUGGAAAGAUAGGCUAUUUUUAAGUAUAAAAACUAUUCAAAAUUAAUGUAAACCAUCAAUUUCAAUCCAAAAUCUUUUACCCUUGGUUGCACCUACACAAGAGGAUGGUUAACUCAAUAAUCCACUCAAACAAACAAUAAUGAAAAAAAAGGGAAUAAUGAAAAGUUAAUUAAUGUAAAAUAAUUAAGGACCAUCCCUCAUUCACAAAAACAUGGUCCACCCUAUAAAUAACACCUUCACUCUCCUCGCUCUUCCCGCUUCCAUUCCAUUCCAUAAUAUCACACUUCUCUCAAAACCACACCCACUUACACUUAAACACAUACAACCUUAAAAAGGCUCCAGAAUUUAAUCAAAUCCAUCCCCCAAAAAUUCACACAAUUAUUUAACUUUUGUAAUUUUAUCAUAUAUCCAAGUUUAAUUUAAUUAGCUUGUUAUUCAUCUUUCAAAACGGGUCUUCCGUUGUGGAUGCUUGGCUUGGCCGCUGAACAGCUGCGCGCCGAUAUGAAUCGCUUACUUUCCCUUCUUUUCCACCAAGGGGUGUUGGAUGAACAAUUCUUACAAUUGCAACAACUACAAGAUGAAAGCUCUCCAAAUUUUGUUUCUGAAGUUGUCAAUAUUUACUUCCAUGAAUCUGAAAAACUUCUCCGAAAUCUCAGAACUUUUCUAAUGGAUAGAGAAUUUUCAGAUUACAAAAAAAUAGGAAUGCAUUUGAAUCAGUUUAUGGGAAGCAGUUCAAGCAUAGGUGCUAAAAGAGUUAGAAAUGUAUGCGUUGCCUUUCGUGCUGCUUCCGAACAAAAUAACCGUGCUGGAUGUUUAAGAGCAUUGGAGGUAUUGGAGCACGAGUACAGCUAUCUCAAGAAUAAACUGCAUGAACUCUUUCAAAUAGAACAGCAAAGAGUACUAGCAGCUGGGGUGAGGUACCCAAUACAACACAACAACAACAACAACAACUAGCUAAAACAAAAACAAAAUUUGCAUUAAAAUCUCACUUAUAAUUUUGCUUACUAAUUUUGAUUCCUAUGUUUUCAGAAUUAGGUAGGGUUUGGUGGCAUACCAUUAUUAGUAAUUUUGUAUGCUUAAUUAGCUUAAAAUGAAGAUCUUUAAUUGCUAAUUAUGUAAUGGGAUCGGAUCAAAUCAAAUCAGCAGUAGUUUGUAAGUUUCAAUGUUUGCUUUUUUUAGAGGCAAUAAUGAAUGUGCAGUUAAUUAAUUUUGGGCGGCUAUAGUUUUGAUUGUUCUUCUGAUUUUUGUGAUCUUCUGAAUCUCAUUUGAAUUGUGUAUUUGACUUCUUUUGGCAAAGCAAUUUAAUGACUGGUACAAUCAGUAGGUAAAUGUGCUUUUUGACAAUUUUUCACAAAUCAAUUAAAAUUUGUAGAAAUUUGAGAUGAUUUAUUGAGGAAGCUUUUGUCAAAUUUCUCAUUUGAAAUUAAGUACUUACUUUCUCUGUCUCCCAAAGUUCAUUAUGUUUUGAUUUUUUUUUUCUUUUUUGGCGAAAAAUCACUGUCCAAACAGAAGUAACAUUAAGAGACAAUGGGACUAGCAAUUGAAUCACGAAGUUGUUCAAUGAUUUGUGCAUAAUUUUGACAUAAAUUGAUGUUUGAAAUUUAAGCAUGUUGUAUUAAAGUGCAUGAUUUAACAAUAGUAAUCCGUAGUAAUAAAUGUAAUAAACUAGCCGACCUUUAAGGACUUGAUUCUUACCCUAAAUUUAAGGGGUAUCCUUGAAGCACAAUGGUAUAUAUUUUUUUUUCUACCCUCACUUAGCUUUAUGAAUAACAAUUGUUUACACAUGUGCGGUGCUUUUUUUUUUUUUUU